AGCAUAGAUAGCCACUACGGUGUCACCGUUCUUUCGCCUUUAAAAACCACUUGCAAACCACACACAAACCGAAAACCCCUGCCCCUCCAUUUUUAGCAAACUUUGGCUUAAAUCUACCCUCAUCCGCCCCCUUCCUCCCCACUCCCUGCCACCUUCCCCCCAAACAAACAACCGUAUCUUUCUACCUCCUCCGUCCUUCCCUGGCGCCGCCUAUGGACGCGACAUCACUUGAGGAGGAGCAGGUGGCGGCGGCGGCGGCGGCGGCAGACAAUCUUGAUGAGGAGGUGGAGCAGGGGGAAGAGGGGGAGGAGGAGGCCACGCCGGUGGUGCUGAAGAAGGGGCCGUGGACGACGGCAGAAGACGCCCUGCUGGUGAACCACGUGCGGCAGCACGGCGAGGGCAACUGGAACGCCGUGCAGCGCAUCACCGGGCUCCUGCGCUGCGGCAAGAGCUGCCGGCUGCGCUGGACCAACCACCUCCGCCCCAACCUCAAGAAGGGCGCCUUCUCGCCGGACGAGGAGCUCCUCGUCGCGCAGCUCCACGCCCAGCUCGGCAACAAGUGGGCCCGCAUGGCCACCCAUCUGCCGGGGAGGACGGACAACGAGAUCAAGAACUACUGGAACACGAGGGCCAAGCGGAGGCAGCGCGCUGGUCUGCCCAUGUACCCGCCGGAGGUGCAGCUCCAGCUCGCGAUCACCAAGCGCUGCCGGUACGCCGACUUCUCGCCCCCGCAGCAAUCAGCAGGCGGCAAUGUCCUGGACGCCACCGAUGCGGGGUACACGAGCGCCCGCCCGCCGCCGCUGGACCUUGCCGGGCAGCUCGCCAUGGCCAACCGGCCGGUGCAGUUCCUCUCCCAGACGCCCUUCUCCGCGCCGUCUUCCCCGUGGGUGAAGCCGUCGUUCGCACGCAACGCGCGCUACUUCCAGUUUCCGCAUUCAUCGCCCGUGUCGCCGACGACGCCGGAGCUGUCGCUGGGCCACCGCCUGCCCGGCGGCGACCGGACUCGGUUCACUCCUCUCUCUCCGUCUCCGGGGGCCAAGGUGGAGCUCCCUUCAUGCCAAUUGCGCCCGGCGUCACCGGCCGCAGUCGCAGCCACAGACAGCAACGGCGGCGGCCUGGGCGAGGAUCAGCAGAACCUCGAGGCGAUGCUGCAGGAGCUGCAUGAUGCCAUCAAGAUCGAGCCGCCGAGGCACGUGAGCGGCCACGCCGAGCAGGACGGCGCCAGUGGUGGCAACAAAUCGGAGGGUGAACUACUCAAAGAUGAUGAUGACAUCGGCACACUGUUCGACAUGAUUAUACCGAAGGCCUUCCCGAUGACGGAGCCCGCACCACCGGCCAUGGUGACCAACCACUCCGGCAACUCGAUCUCCCAGCAUGGCAGCGACGACCACAACGUCAACCUCAACGUGGAUCAUCUCCCGGUCAUCUCAUCGGAGCAGGACUGGGUCCUCGACGGUGCCUGCCAGUGGAACAACAUGUCCGGCAUCUGCUGACAAAGAUCGAUCUACCUCACAUCAUAAUCAGGACUCGAGGCGUUAUAUAUGUGGUGAUCUUGACAAGCAAAACCAUUAUGAGGAGUCUGUUUUGAUGCAACCUUUUUGGAUGUCUUUAAGUACCUUUCUUUCUUUUGAUCGAAAUGGAGGAUAAACCUUGUGCCUCUGCGGGCGAGACAUACAACUUUCUUUAUUAAAGAGUUUAAAUAAUCAUCCAAAAA